UACAUGUUUCGUCCACUCCUGCCCGAAUCCUCACCUGUCACCGUCUCCGUGAGCGAGAGCGAAACCAAUCGGUCCAUGGCGUCGAUUUCGUCGGCAGCUGCCCAUCUCUCUCGCAGUCGUGGCCCUCUCCUCUUCCUCUCUUCGCGUUCUCCUUCCGCUCUCAAUCGCCCAGCCUGCCUCCGUAUCUCUUCCUUGCCGGGCGGCGCCCACUCCAUAAAGAAGAGUAAUGGUGCGAAGAGGUAUGGCUGCUGCAAGAUCCCCUCUCCCACUCUUCGUUGUAGCGCGCAGCUCCUUGGCGACCUCGCCCCCGCCACGUCCGCCGCCUACGGCACCCUCCUCCUCGGCGGCGGCCUCUUCGCUUAUGUGAAAUCGAGGAGCAAGGGGUCCAUUCUUGGAGGGCUUUCGGGAGCCUGCCUCAUGGCCGUUGCAUAUUAUCUGAUGCAAUCACCAGAGACAAAGGAAUUAGGUAUAGCCAUUGGCUUCGGAUCAGCUUUUCUCUUCGGCUCUGUAUUUGGUAUACGAUUGGUUGCCACUCGAAAAUUCAUGCCUUCUGGACUUCUAUUGAGUCUUUCUGUUGGUGUGCUGGCAGUGUUCCUUUCUGCUUAUACGCAAGCAAAAGUCUAAUUUGCACAGGUUUUGUACUUUAUAUUUGAUGUAGGCUUCACUUGGAUCUUCAUGAGAUGUACAACUGGCAGGAUAUUGGUGUUUCUCAAACCUAUAUUUUCAAGUUGUAUUUGGUGUUCACCAAUUGCAUGAUAUCAAUAAGUUUGUUGUCUGUA